AAUAUAUAUAUUAUAAAUGUCCUCUCGGAUGGAUAUGCGUCAGCAUCCCUAGAAAGUAGUUCCGCAUAGUAAGAGAGCAGGGGGAUCACCUUGAGCUGGUCUCUCCCUCCGUAACUGCAGUUACAUCGGUACCAGAUUUUCCAGUGGGUAAAGGACUUCAGAAGUCGCACCAAGAAUCACUAUGUCAAAAAACGUGGACAUGGGCUCUGCCUUCAUCCAGACACAGCAGCUCCACGCUGCCACAGCUGACACCUUCCUGGAGCACAUGUGCCUGCUGGACAUCGACUCUGAGCCCAUCACUGCACGCAACACCGGCAUCAUCUGCACAAUUGGACCAGCCUCUCGUUCUGUGGAUAUGCUGAAGGAGAUGAUCAAGUCUGGAAUGAACAUUGCUCGCUUGAACUUUUCCCAUGGGACACACGAGUACCAUGCAGAAACAAUCAAGAAUGUCCGUGAGGCAUGCGAGAGCUUCGAGCCUGGCAGUAUUCAGUACAGGCCAAUUGGCAUUGCUCUGGACACCAAGGGUCCAGAGAUCAGGACUGGCCUCAUCAAAGGAAGUGGCACAGCUGAGGUGGAGCUGAAAAAGGGAAACAUCAUCAAAAUUACCCUGGACGACGCUUACCAAAACAACUGCAGUGAUGAGAUUCUCUGGCUUGACUACAAAAAUAUUACUCAAGUGGUGGAGGUUGGAAGCAAGAUCUACAUUGAUGAUGGACUCAUGUCUCUGCAGGUCAAGGAAAUUGGUUCGGAUUACCUCAUGUGCGAGAUUGAGAACGGCGGCACCCUGGGCAGUAAGAAGGGAGUGAAUCUACCUGGAGCUGCUGUAGAUCUGCCUGCUGUGUCUGAGAAGGACAUCCAGGACCUACAGUUCGGUGUGGACCAGGGAGUCGACAUGGUCUUUGCCUCCUUCAUCCGCAAAGCAGCGGACGUGCACGCUGUGCGAGCGGUGCUGGGAGAGCGGGGCAAAAAUAUUAAAAUCAUCAGCAAGCUUGAGAAUCACGAGGGUGUGCGCAGAUUCGAUGAGAUCAUGGAGGCUAGUGAUGGCAUCAUGGUUGCCCGUGGUGACUUGGGUAUUGAGAUCCCAACUGAAAAGGUCUUCCUGGCCCAAAAAAUGAUGAUUGGUCGCUGCAACAAAGCUGGCAAGCCAAUCACAUGUGCUACGCAGAUGUUGGAGAGCAUGAUCAAAAAACCACGACCCACCCGUGCUGAGGGCAGCGACGUGGCCAACGCCGUGCUGGACGGAGCCGACUGCAUCAUGCUGAGUGGAGAAACCGCUAAGGGAGACUACCCUCUGGAGGCAGUCCGCACGCAGCACAUGAUAGCACGAGAGGCCGAAGCAGCAAUGUUCCACACACAGCUGUUUGAGGAGCUGAGGAGAAGCACACAGCUGACCAGAGACCCAUCACACGCUGUAGCCGUUGGAGCUGUCGAAGCAUCGUUCAAAUCCUGCGCUAGCGCCAUCAUUGUUCUCUCGAAGAGUGGGAGGUCUGCUCACCUGCUGUCCAGGUACCGGCCCCGCGCCCCCAUCAUUGCUGUGACCCGUAACGCCCAGACAGCGCGUCAGGCUCACCUGUACCGCGGCAUCUUCCCCGUGCUCUACACCAAGCCAGGCCACGACGUGUGGGCGGAAGACGUUGACAUGCGGGUCAACUUCGCCAUGGAUGUUGGCAAAGCCAGGGGCUUCUUCAAGGAGGGAGAUGUUGUCAUCGUCUUGACCGGCUGGCGUCCAGGUUCCGGUUACACCAACACCAUGCGUGUGAUCUUGGUGCCCUGAAUCGCUAACGGGAGCGUCCAUUCUUCCUCUACAUUCAUUUGUUUAUGUUGCUUUCCUUUCCACUCCGCACAUUCCUGCUCACCGCCCUUCUCAUCCAACCCUCCUGCUCACAGACUCCAACCCUGGACUCUUUAGUGUGUAGUAAAUGAUGUGGACAACAUUAUUAACCAUUGGAGUAUAGCCCGAGAGCUGUUUUGGGUGAGGGGAGAGUCGUCUUCUAUACAUUUCCACGUUUUUGCUUUCAUUCCUGUCUUGCACCAUUUCUCUCAGUCACACCAGUCUUCAGGGCCCCAGAUUAAUACACCCUGACCAGAAACUGCUGAAUUUAUUCACUCCAACAUAUGUAAAACAUAAACCUUCCUGGUUCAUAGUGAUUUUGAUUCAGGUGGGGAUUGUUAGAGCACUUUGAGUACUGAUACAGUUCAAUAUUUACACUCCUCUACAUGAACGAACAAACAAGUGGCAUCCUAAAUCAAAGGGCUUCUUCUGCAGUGAAGCCUCGACACCACCACUCCACCCAAACAGAUCCUCCUGUAGUGCUGCCUGUUUAAAGUGUCUUCUGUUGAAAAGCCAGCUUUCAUUGUAUUGUGAAGUGUAUCUGUAAGCAUUUCACUCAUCUACUCCAAGCGAUGUUACAUUCUAUAUUAUACUUGACUUUUGUGUAUGGUGAGGUUUUGUUCCAGGACACCUAAUACUGCUAAUAUUUUUGUCAGCCAUAUAUAUAUAUAUAUAUAUAUAUAUAUAUAUAAAAAAGAAAUGUUAGUUUUGGAUGUCCACUGCAGAGGUGUUGAAACUGGUUGCUGUAUUAUGUAUAUUAGUCAAAGAAUAUAACAUUUGAAUUCUAUUUAAGUUGGCACUGAGUUUUGUGUUUCACUAAAGCUAAAAUGACUGAGCACUUUCCUUGAAACAGAGCUUAAUUUUUUUAGGAUUAACAUCGUGUUCCUCUCUGUUCUUGUGGGUGAUGGGGGGUGAUUUCUCCUGCGUGUCUCUCUCCUAUUACAUCAAGUCACUCUAGCUGUUUUUGUGUGUCUAACAUGCUUUUGAUUGUAACAGAGUGUAAGAAGUAACUAAAUGUAAAGGGGUAUUAUAAUAUUUAGCUGGUGUACUGAGCUGUCCUAUAAGACUGCAGUUCCAUUAAUAAAAGAUGAGCACCUGGCUUAACAAGG